AAAAAAGAAAAACAGGCCCAGUGCAAACAAGCGGUUCAGUGCUAUUCUAAAGAAAAGAAUCACAGUAGUGAGCAGGCCAGAGGACAUCCGCAUACGAACUCAAGCAUUCAAGCUGUCAAGCACGUCUCAGAACUCAGGUCUCGGAAGUCAGGAAGGCAGCCAUACUCGCUCCAACGAUUUGCCGGACGCCGCCGAACCGCUGCUCACCCUCUUCGCCGUUCUCAUCACCGGAGGCCGGACGCCGCCGAACCGCCGCUCACCCUCUUCGCCGUUCUCAUCACCGGAGGCCGGACGCCCACCCUCCGCUGCUCGUCGGCUGCUGCCUGCUUCUCUGGAGGAGUCCAGACUCGCCACAGGCUCACAGCCAAGCUGCCAAGUGCCAAGAUGUUUCGAUACAUACUAUGGCCCGAUGCAAACCGAUGAUGCCACGUUGCAGCCAUUUCCUAUGAAUCGAAAUCUCUCCGCCAUUGCGGCUCGGUGUAGCUGCGUAUAGCUCGCAACCACAAUAUUGUAGCCGCAAAAGUGUUGUGUUCCACAAAUUAAAACUAUGUUUAUGUAAAUUUAAAAUGUUUAUCACAUUCAAAUGUAUAUUUAAAAGUUAGUUUAGACACAAUAUUAGUUUUUUUAUAUUUAGUAUGUAGUAUUAUUUUGUAGUAUAAUUUUUGUUCAUCAUUGACUUAGUGACAAAAGUUUGGAACUAUAAUUGCACAAACAAAAUCCAUAUACAUUGCGUCCAACGUUCAUUUGUUUGAUGUUAUAACAACGUUUAUCGUAAAAUGUAUUCCGGAAUGAGACAC